GACCACACCCGGCUCCCCUCCCGUCCCAACCCCGAGCAAGCAUCUCUCGGGCUGUCCCCGUUUGCUGCCCGCCGCUCCCCGCAAAGUCACCCGCUUUUGGAAGGGCAGAGCUCCGGCAGUGGAGCAACUAGGCGAGGUCUGCAAUGCCAGUAACGCGCUCAAAAUCCGUGGGCAACACCAGUGCCCUGACUUCUCAGCUGGGCAUUGUCCGCUUGCUGGAAGCCCUUUUCACAUGUGUCACCUUCAGCCUGGUGGUUCACCGGAAUGCCUGGCAGGGCCGUAAUGGCGAUUGGUGCAUGUUUUCUUGGUGUGUUUGCUUUGCAGUCACAAUUCUCAUUUUGCUGGUGGAAUUUGCUGGCCUUCAGCACCGCAUCCCCGUCUCCUGGAAGAACUUCCCCAUCACCUUUGCCAUGUACGCCACCUUGAUGUGCCUUUCUGCUUCCAUCAUCUACCCAGUUACCUUCAUUCAGAACAAGGACCUUGGCCGCGAAGAGCGUGGAUACCGUAUUGCUGCCACAGUGUUCUCUUGCCUCUCCUUCUUAGCUUACUCUACGGAGGUCACCAUAACCAAAGCCAAACCAGGGGAAGUCACUGGCUACAUGGCCACCGUUCCUGGACUGCUCAAGGUGGUGGAGACUUUCAUUGCUUGCAUCAUCUUUGUUUUCAUCAGUGAUUCAAAUUCAUAUGAGAGACACGAGGCCCUGAAGUGGUGUGUGGCUGUGUACUGCAUCUGCUUCAUCCUCUCACUGGUGGUCAUCAUCUUGUGCAUUGGCGAAUGCACCGGCUGGCUGCCCUGUCCGUUCAACAAGUUCCUCAGUGGCUACACUCUUCUGGCUGUGCUUAUGUAUGCAACGGCCACCAUCAUCUGGCCUAUCUACCAUUUUGACAAGAAGCACGGGGGAACUCCUUCUCGGCCGCCAUACUGUAGAGGAAGUUACACUUGCUUUUGGGAUCAGAUGGUUGUUGUUGCUGUCCUGACAGCUAUCAAUCUACUGGUGUACCUUGCUGACUUGGUGUAUUCUGCACGGCUGAUAUUCAUCCAAGAGUAGAUAGCGGUGUCAAGGGUCAGGGAAGAGCAGGCCGAGAGAGGAAAGAAGUCAAGAAAAAGAGUUGAAUGACAAUAGAAAGGGAAGGAAAAACUAUCCUUUUUGCUGUCUUUCCCUCUUCUUUUCCCACUCUCCGUUAUUCCUCCUUUCUCACAUUUUCUCCUUCCAUCCUUUUCCUGUCACUCCUGCUAUCAUUUCUGCACUUGCUCUGUGAAAUCUCUUUUCAAAAAUAUUACUUUGUUAAAGUACUCUUUUUUUUCUCCAGCCUUCCCACUAAUCCAUACGUUUCUUUUAUGUUCCCUCUCACGCUUUCACCUUAUCCCCAGCUCAGAGGCUUCUCUUCUUUUACAUGCCAAAGCUUUUCACUUCUGCUCUUUCCCUACAUACAUUGCUCGGGUAUGUUCUUUUCAGAUAUUCUUGACCUUUGUUCUUUCUAGUGAACUAAGAACUUCAGGAUUUGGGACUGGGGACAAGGUUGGUGCUGUUUAAAUUGAUCAUCCUCUGGUUUAUACACCAGAGGAGACUGCUCUUAAAUGAAAGAGAAUGCCCUGGUACUUCGUUCUUUACACUUCUUAGACAAAUACAUUUCAAUUUGAACAUACAUCUUCCUGAAUUCUCCUUAUGCAACUCUUACCAAGUUUGCAGUCUUCCUUUUUCUUUUCCAUCAUAUAUUUGCUCCAUCACUAUCCACAUUUUCUGUUAUCUUUUGACUCUCAUGACUGCUCUCUUUCUCUGCCACUAAGGUUCUUGCAUUUCUGUUAGUCACAGGGAGCCAAGGACUGGGAAAGUAGUGGGGAUGGCAGUGGCAAGAGGUCCCCUGUUUUAUUCAGAUAGCCACCGGUGAGUUAUCUUCUUUUCUACCAAACUGGGUACUCAGGCUUGGACUGGGAGGACAUUGUAUGUACCUUCUGCUUGGUGUAUUUGGGUAGCAGAAGAGAAGAGUUUAGAGAACUCCUCUUUAAUUGAAUGCCUGAUAAUUACAAAACAAAACAACUUCCAUGUUAGAGUCUUAAAGGCAAUGAGUUUUCUUACGUGGCAAAAUAAUAGCGUUCUUUGUUUUUUAAAAAAGCUUUUUAAGGCUUUGCUGAAUUAUUUCUUAAUCAUUAAUCAAUUUAGAUAUCUUUUGGAAAAAUACAGUGCAUUUGCUUAAAUGGAUCCCACCUUGAAUGGAUGGGGUCUUCACAGGAGUAGCACAAUAUGAGUAGCUCGUAUUGCCACCUCCAGAGAAAAUUUAUUCUUUAGUUCAAGAAGACACAAUUCAUGUACAGAAGGCAAAAAGUCAUGCCUGCUUAGUGAGAGAUUAAAGCCAAAAUGUUCAUGUUGGGCUGACAAUAGUCUCUGAAAGGAAGCCAUAUGAAUCCCCAAAUGAUUUCCAUGAAAAUAGUUAGUCCCUUACAGUAAUUUCAAUCAUGGAGGACAGUUUACUUGUCCACAUUAAGAAGUAGCCUCCAACAGAAUUUAGAAAGCCAAUAGUAUUUUAUUGGGGGUUAAAAACAACAUUUUUGUACUUAGAGAGCUUAAAGACAAUGAUAUAACCAUUGCUAUACUGAAGAAACAGCAUCUGCAUUGGAAUAAUGACCUUCAGUGAUUGACAUAAGGAUUAGAAAUACCUGCCUGACCUCUUCUUAAAAGUAGUGCAUAUUACCAAAAAGCAGUAUUAUUCAUGUGCAAAGAACCUUGUUUUUAAUUUUGGAUGUUUUAAAAAAAGCCUCCUGCCAUUAGUGUCUUAGACACAUUCAGUUUUGGUUUAUCUUGCAUGCAAAAAAAAAAA